AUGUACAGAAGCAGCAUAGAGAGCGUCCUGACCAGCUGCAUCUCCGUCUGGUUCGGCAGUGCCAGUGCUGCUGACCAGAAGAGCCUGCAGCGGAUCGUUAAAGCCGCUGGUAACAUCAUCGGGGCAUCUCUCCCCUCACUGCAGGAGAUCUUCCACAAGCGCUGCAUCAGAAAGGCCUCCCGCAUCGUGCUGGACUCCUCCCCCCCCACACGGACUCUCUGCACUACUCCCAUCUGGCAGACGCUACCGCAGCAUCAAAGCCCGAUCGACCAGACUACCUCAGCACAGUCAACAGUGGAGGUCAGUGAGAGGAUCUUCACUGAGAUGAUAAGCUCCAUUGAGAGAACACGGUCUAAGGUAACAGAGCUGAUCAGAGAUCAGGAGAAGGCUGCAGUGAGUCAGGUUGAAGACUACAUGGAGAGAGUGGAGCAGGAGAUUAAUGAACUGAAGAGGAGACACUCUGAGAUGGAGCAGCUUUCACGCAUACAGGAUCACAUCCAUUUCCUCCAGAGGUUCCAGGGUAUUCCUGUCGUCCCUGAAGUACUGAUUGGACGCAGAUUCUCUUCUUUUCUACCCUGCUAUUUUUGGAAGGCAAGGAAAGUGGUUUCAGAUAUGAAGGAUCAACUGGAAAAUGCUUGUACAGAUACCAAAGACACCCUCCUACCGCCAUUAGUGCCCAGGACCAGAGCAGAAUUCUUACAAUAUUCCUGUUGGCUCAGUCUGGACCCCAACACAGCAAACAAACAGCUCUGUCUGUCUGAAGAUAACAGAGUGGUGACAUGGAAGAGAGAGACACAGUCACAUCCUGAUCACCAGGAGAGGUUUGACUUAACCUGCCAAGUGCUGUGUAGAGAGAAUCUGACUGGGCGCUGCUACUGGGAGGUUCAGUGGAGUGGGACUGUGAUCGGUAUAGCCGUCACAUACAAAGGAAUCAACCGGAAAGUAGCGGGUGUGGCCAGCAGGCUUGGAUACAAUGACAAGUCCUGGUGUUUGUCCUGCUCAGCCUUCAGUUACUCAUUCUGGCAUAAUGCUGUGAAAACUGUAGUAUCUGGCCCCCCCUCCCCCAGGAUAGGAGUGUACCUGGAUCACGGGGCAGGAACUCUGUCCUUCUACGCCGUCUCUGACACAGUGACCCUCCUGCACAGGGUCCAGACCACAUUCACUGAGCCCAUCUAUCCUGGGGUUGUUCUUUACAACAGUGAAGCCAGAUUGUGAUGACUUUGUUAUAAGGCUAUUAAAUGUAUCUAAAAAAAUAAUUAAUACUGGAAACUAUGACAACGGUUUGUGACCUGUCCGCUGUCAACUGUGAAAUUCAGGACGGACCUCUAUGUUAUCCCAGUUAUGAGAUUUCUUAAUCUUUACUAAAACUUUAACUUCGGUACAAAAUAAAAAGAUGAAUUCCAGACUUUGCUACAGAGAAAAGGUCAUGUGACAGUCAAAAGACUGCUAUGUUCUCAGGUCCAACCAGUCCAUCACAGAGUAACCAUUCACACAACAUCACACACUGGGGACAAGAUACAGACACCAGUUCACCUGGAGGACACCCAUGCAGACGCCAGUUCACCUAGAACACACCCAUACAGACACCAGUUCACCUGGAGGACACCCAUACAGACACGGGGCAGAGCAUGCAAACUCCACACACACAGAGCCUAGGGUGGGAGUCAAACCCACAGUCCGGGGGGUGUGAAGCCACUGUGCGGCCAACUGAAAC